CUGGGGAGCACGGUCCUGCGGUUGGCGCGCAGCGCGUGGUGGCAGCUCCUCUCGGAGCGCAGCCGACCCGCUGAUCCGGGCUCCGUUUCCCCUGCCCAGUGCGCCCCGGCGGCCGGCUGGAGGCCGAAACAGCGGCAGCAUUAGGAGCAGCAGCGGCCGCGGCUGCUCCGCCGCAGCCGUCUCCGCGGGAGCAUGGAGUGCGCCCUGGACGCCCAGAGCCUGAUCAGCAUCUCCCUGCGCAAGAUCCACAGCUCCCGGACCCAGCGCGGCGGCAUCAAGCUGCACAAGAACCUCCUGGUAUCCUACGUGCUCCGCAACGCGCGCCAGCUCUACCUGAGCGAGCGCUACGCCGAGCUCUACCGGCGCCAGCAGCAGCAGCAACAGCACCAGCAGCCGCCGCCUCACCACCAGCACCAGCACCUCCCGUACGCGGCGCCGGGCAUGCCGGCCAGCGCGGCCGACUUCGGCCCGCUCCAACUUGGUGGCGGCGGGGACGCGGAGGCGCGCGAGCCGGCCGCCCGGCACCAGCUGCACCAGCUCCACCAGCUCCACCAGCUGCACCUCCAGCAGCAGCUGCACCAGCACCAGCACCCGGCGCCCAGGGGCUGCGCGGCGGCGGCGGCGGCCGGGGUGCCCGCGGGCGGCGCGGGGGCGCUCUCGGAGCUGCCCGGUUGCGCCGCGCUCCAGCCGCCGCACGGCGCGCCCCACCGCGGGCAGCCCUUGGAGCCGCUGCAGCCGAGUCCCGCGCCUCUGCCUCCGCCCGCGCCCGCCGCGCUCUGCCCGCGGGACCCUCGCGCCUCAGCCGCCUGCUCCGCGCCCCCAGGGGCCGCCCCUCAGGCUGCCGCUGCCGCCUCCCCUCCCUCCUCCCCGGCCCCCGCCUCCUCCCCUGGCUUCUACCGGAGCGCGUACCCGGCCCCCUCGGACUUCGGCGUGCACUGCAGCAGCCAGACCACCGUGCUGGACCUGGACACUCACGUGGUGACCACGGUGGAGAACGGCUACUUGCACCAGGACUGCUGCGCCUCCGCCCACUGCCCCUGCUGUGGCCAGGGCGCCCCGGGACCCGGCCUGGCUUCCGCCGCCGGCUGCAAGCGCAAGUAUUACCCUGGCCAGGAGGAGGAGGACGACGAGGACGCGGGCGACCUGGCCGCCGAGCCCCCCGGGGGCGCCCUGUUCACCCCCUGCAAGCGCGCCCGCUUCGAGGACUUUUGCCCGGACUCGUCCCCGGACGCGUCCAACAUCUCAAACUUGAUCUCCAUCUUUGGCUCAGGCUUCUCGGGGCUGGUGAGCCGACAGCCGGACUCCUCGGAGCAGCCGCCGCCGCUCAACGGGCAGCUGUGCGCCAAGCAGGCGCUCGCCAGCCUCGGCGCCUGGACUCGAGCCAUUGUCGCCUUCUAGGGACCCCCGAGGGCACGGGGACCCGGGGUCCCGCGGGGCUGGGGCCAGACAAAGACUCGGCCAAGGGGGCGAGAGGAGGGAAGGAACGGGUGCCCGGCCACUCGGGGCUGAGCCUGGGAACGAGCAGGGGAAGGCGGCGAAUGUUUUAUAAAUUGUAAAAUAAAAAAAAAGAAAUCUUAAGAUCUUGGACUUUAUUUUU